AGAGGCGCCCCGCCGCGGACGACUGCACGCAGUACAUUGACAGCUGAAACCGUCAACAAAACGAGAAUAAUAUUGUCUUGUUCUGCAAUACGUUCAGCUAACCAUUCACGCUUACGACGAAACGCGGACAACACGUGGCCGCGUAAUAUUAGAGCGACAGCGGCAUGCUACACACCGCACGCUCGCCCCAGUCCGGCAUCGGCAGCGCACCACGCACGGCACAGUGUCCUCCCAUGCGUGCUCCACUCUGUCACAGAGCAUAAAUGUUAGUUCCGAGAGUGCACCACAACACCGACAAUGGCCAACCGCAAGUGGAGGGAAUAUGUGACGGCUCUCAGUGCUACUUUGAUCACGGCGGCGGCUGGCACGACUGUGGGUUGGACGUCGCCUACUCUGCCCAUCCUACUUGCCCCAGACUCACCCAUAGUGACGUCACCAGAUCAGAGCUCAUGGAUCGCCUCAAUUAUGAUAUUAUGUUCAGCCGCGAGUCCUAUUCCUGCGGCGUACCUCGCAGACAGGAUCGGAACCAAGAAGACUUUACUUCUGGCUUCAGUGCCCUACAUCAUUGGAUGGAUACUGGUGAUGUUUGCAGGCAAUGUUCCCACGAUAUACGCGUCCCGUCUCAUCUCAGGCCUGGGGUAUGGCAUUGCAUACACCACCGCGCCUAUGUACCUUGGCGAAAUCGCCUCCGAUGACGUCAGAGGCGCCAUGGCAACACUCAUCACUGUCAUGUCGAAGUUCGGUAUCCUGUCUCAGUAUUGCAUCGGACCGUACGUGUCCAUGUUGGGCCUGGCCAGCUUCAACAUCGCCAUCCCGAUUCUAUUCGUGGUGACCUUCAGCACCAUGCCAGAGUCACCAUACUACUACAUCAAACAGGGCCAGAAGCAAGAAGCCGAAGCUUCACUCAAGAAGCUCCGAGGUCGCAGCUACGUUAGAGAUGAAUUGGAAAGUAUGAACAAUCUGGUCUCAGAGAACAUGAAAGAAAAGGGUCGAUGGAAAGACCUGUUCUAUGUAGGAGGGAACAGGAAAGGCCUCAUCAUUCUGAUGGGCAUAUACUUCACGCAACAAUUCUGCGGCAGCACCGCGAUCAUAUCGUACGCGCAGCAGAUAUUUGGAGCAGCUGAGGGAGGCUUGGGAGCUGAAGAAUCCUGCAUAUUGUUCGGGACUGUUCAACUCCUGACAUCAGCCAUGUCGUCACAACUUGUGGACAGGCUGGGAAGGAAACCUCUUCUGUUAAUAUCUUCGUGUGGCGUCGGAUUAGCCAACGUCAUUAUCGGAGCGUACUUCUUCAUGAAACACCAGAACAGCGAGUACCUCGUCAGUUUAAAGUUCAUUCCUAUCGUUGUGAUACCCAUAUUUAUAUUCUCGUAUACUAUAGGUUUAGCUACGGUGCCCUUCGCUAUCACUUCGGAAAUAUUCCCCACAAACAUUAAAUCAAAGGCGACUUGUGUUAUCCAGAUAUUUGUGGCAUUAAUGACGUUCGCGGUAACGAAGUUGUAUCAAGUGGUGGCGGAUAAUUUAGGGAACUAUGUCGCCUUCUGGGGUUUCGGGGCAUUGUCAGUGCUCGGUGUGAUAUUUAUAUUGUUGCAGCUGCCUGAAACUAAAGGACAGUCUUUCGCGGCAAUACAAGAGAAACUGUAUUCGCCAAAUAAAGUAGUGUAUGAGAAAGAUGAGGACGAAAUGGCCAGAGUUAAGAUUACAUUGUGACAAAGUACAUUAUUUCUAAAGUAUACGUAUUUUGUAAGUUAUUUAAUUCUGUACACUUUAAGUUGUUCGUUAUACAUAGUACUUUAAUGUUAUGCAGUACUUAAUUCUCCGUCCGCGCUACGUGGCGACAUUCCGCAGAGAACCUAAUUUGUCGUUCUGUCUUCUUUGUAUUAUAUCGUAGUUAUUAACUGUUAUAGCGAGAGCUAUAGACCAAAGAAUUCAAUUUAGCACUACUAGAAAAGUUUCCGAAUUGUUCUCGAACGUUGAGGUUUCAAAUGUUAUAAUUAUUUUGGUUCUACUGUUA